GGUGGCGCAGGUGCAAGCCGGCAAGAUGGCGGCAGCUGGAGCCGGCCGUCUGAGGAGGGCGGCGUCGGCCCUGCUGCUCCGGAGCCCGCGCCUGGCCGCCCGGGAGCUGUCCGCUCCCGCCCGACUCUACCACAAGAAGGUUGUGGACCACUAUGAAAAUCCCAGGAACGUGGGGUCUCUGGAUAAGACAGCCAAGAAUGUUGGCACCGGCCUGGUGGGGGCUCCUGCUUGUGGGGACGUCAUGAAAUUGCAGAUUCAGGUGGAUGAAAAGGGGAAGAUCGUGGAUGCCCGGUUCAAGACUUUCGGUUGUGGCUCAGCCAUCGCCUCCAGCUCCUUGGCCACUGAGUGGGUGAAAGGGAAGACGGUAGAGGAAGCCUUGACCAUCAAGAACACAGACAUCGCCAAGGAGCUCUGCCUCCCACCUGUGAAACUGCACUGCUCCAUGCUUGCUGAGGACGCCAUCAAGGCUGCCCUGGCUGACUACAGACUGAAACAAGAGCCCAAGAAAGGCGAAGGAGAGAAGUGAACCCAGGGCCUGCGGCAGGUGGCACCAGCUGUGUGCGCCCCCAUGGUGCACUCAUCCGGCCGUCGGGAAGCCUGUCACCCUGGGACAACUCACAGCCACGCACGCUGUUUGCUGUCCCCCACAGCGACUUGACACCCCUUAAAUACACAGUGUCCUUGCUCUGAAUCCUGUGCUUGCUUUCAGCCCACAUUCCCUGCCUCGUGCGCUGCCUCAGGACUGAAGUGGGUGACAAUGUCAAGUUUCCGUAGCUUUCCCACCCAAGUCCAUAAAGAUCUCAUUUUGCUGAGAAUACCUUAGGAUGCCUUAGUCUUGUUCGAUGGAACCAAUGAUUGUACAUAGAGCUGCAUAUAAAUAUAUAUAUGUAUAAUAAUAAAUAAAAGGAUGUGAGGCAAUGG